CAUGACCGGCAAGUCUAGCACAAGCGUCCAAAUUCCUUAUCCUUCCCCUCAAAAUGGCUUCCCAGCCGUUGGCAACGUCAGUGGGACCUCGAAUAUUUGCUCAAUCCCAGGUUCUACACCGACUACCCGUCCUCUUCUCGCGAUCACAACAGCAAUGUGCCUGUCGGUGCCAUAGCUCACGACUGUUCUCUUCCUCGACAAAGCUAUAUCGUCAGCAGCCUAGCUACAAAGAUUCCUUUGGCACACGACUACGGAAGGCCUUGGGUGAGACCAAGAUAAAAUGGUAUCCCAUACCGGUUGGCCUUGGAAUAGGUUUUCUCGGUCUCGUCCAGUUCUACAAAGUCAAUGAGCGGGAAAGAUUAAGGCGAGAGGUGGAAUGGGAAGAUGAGGGAUAUGUGGCCACUACAAGUUCUGGUAGAGAGAGUAGGGAAGGAGGUCCAGGAGAGAGACCAAAGAGAAGAGAACGGAUUAGGCCAAGUGGACCAUGGCAAGUUCAAGUUAUGUCCACCCUGCCUUUAAAGGCUAUAUCAAGACUAUGGGGCAAGUUCAACGAACUCGAGAUUCCAUACUAUUUACGAGUUCCUGGUUUCAAGUUAUAUUCUUUCAUUUUCGGCGUAAAUCUCUCCGAAAUAUCAGAACCUGAUCUUCAUGUAUACCCAAAUCUCGCAUCUUUCUUUUAUCGGACAUUAAAACCCGGAGUUCGACCCCUUGAUCUUAACCCGAAUGCUCUGCUCUCUCCAGCUGAUGGCCGAGUUCUUCAAUUCGGGGCAAUUGUAAGCGGAGAGGUAGAGCAAGUCAAAGGCAUGACUUACAGUCUUGAUGCUCUUCUUGGAACUAGUAAGCCUGGAACGUCACCCAAUCCCUCAGAUCCAGCAAAAAUCUUCGCCUCCAAGGGCGACAACCAUCAACAAAGUGUCGCCACUUACAAAUAUGGCGAUGAAGAUGUUAUCAAACAAGAUGAGGAAUUUGCUCAGGUCAAUGGCAUCUCAUAUACACUUCCAAAUCUGUUUUCCGGGCCACCACAAAAGAAAUCCAAGAAAGCCCAAGAUGCAUCUACAACACCAAAAGCCUCUUCGGAAGCUGAAGUUCGAGCAGAUCUCGCCUUAGGAGAAAGGCCAUGGUAUUCUCGACUUACUUCAGAGCAUCAAACCGCUUUGUUCUACGUAGUUGUCUAUCUUGCACCUGGCGAUUACCAUCGCUUUCACUCGCCGUGUUCCUGGGUUGCAGAGAAGCGUCGGCACUUUGCAGGAGAGUUGUACUCUGUAUCGCCUUACCUCCAAAGAACUUUACCCGGACUUUUUACUUUGAAUGAGCGAGUUGUGCUGCUAGGAAGAUGGCGAUGGGGUUUCUUUUCGUUCACCCCUGUCGGAGCAACCAAUGUUGGCUCCAUCAAGGUCAAUUUCGAUCGAGAGCUUCGGACGAAUUCUUUGACGACGGACACUGCGGCUGACCGAGCAGCCGAGGAGGCAGCGAAGCGCGGAGAGCCAUAUAGUGGCUUUGCUGAAGCUUCUUAUGAGGCAGCAAGCCCAAUUCUACAUGGUCAUGCUUUAAAGAGAGGCGAGGAGAUGGGCGGCUUUCAGUUAGGGAGCACUGUUGUGUUAGUCUUCGAAGCACCAAAGGGACGAAGACCAAGUCUCGACGAAGGCUGGAUGGGUGAGAAGACGAAGAGAAAAGGCGGAUGGAAUUGGAAUGUGGAGAAAGGUCAGAAAGUCAAGAUGGGCCAAGCGCUUGGAUGGGUUGACGAAUCAUGAAAGCUAUCAUUUGAAUAUACAGACGUUUGUGCAUACAUAUGUUGUGAAUGGGAAUCAGAUCAAGCUCCGUCUCGAACUCGGAAGAUAGGUCCAGAAGUGUAACCAACGAGGUACCCGGAAGGUGUAUAAGUCUACUUCGGAUUUAAAUUGAGAGAGAGACAACGGAUAUGGUAGGAGGAAAGUCACGGGAAUGGUGUUAUAUGAGAAGGUUGGGCUUGGGAAGUCGAACCAGUUUGAGGUUUUGGCGAGUGAUGAGCAGCGAGAUAAAUCAAUCAUGUCACUGAAUAAGUAUGGACAAUCCUGGGAACACGUUUUUCUUACUUACCCGAGAGGGUUUAAUAGUAAAGCUUUGAAGUGAGGUUCUUGUGCUUUAGCCCUAAAACCAGCGUUCUUAAAUAGAGAUGGUAAUGAGUAAGUGAUGUGUAGAAUCCCCGAGCUC